AUGGUUUACCUCACGGCCAAUCCCAAUGUCACCUCUUCGCUUUUGUUCCGUGCAGACAUUCUCUUCGACAGCGAAGGGCUUAUGCAGACGCCAGAAGAAAAGGAAGAGGCGUUUGGAACACGAGGAAAUACUGAAAAUGAGACACAGAAUAGCUCCUCAGCACCAAAGUCCGCGAUGGACAUACAGGGCUUCAAGUUGAUCAGGACGGUGGUGCGGAGGUUGAUUCCUCGAAACCCAGCCCUUGACAAACCUCUCGAGCAAACAUGUCUUUUCUACACGUCGAACGGUGCUUUCCCAAAAAACACAGGAUUCAGUGACCAAAAAGAGCGCUUGCUGCUCAUAUAUCUCCCGCAUGUUGAGUCUAUCGAGGAAAUGCCCUUCUAUCAUCCGGCUCUUCGGGGGCUCGCCUAUCUUUAUGACUUCCAUAUCACCCCGGAGGGAUCAGAGUCUGGAUCUCUCUCGUUACACUUCCUCCCUUUCACUCCUGAAAUUCCAAAUAGAUUGGAACGAACUCUAUUAAUGAUCCACGGCAUUAAUGUCAAGAUGUCAAGAAACUGGGUAUACCAGCCCGGCAUUACCAACGGUGCUGAUAAGAACCCCGAAAAAGACAAUCUCAUUCCGCGCCAUCGUGUUCAAAAUACAUAUACACGCCUCAAGGCUCAGUAUGCAAGUGAUCUGUGCAGCAGAUGGGCUGAAAAGACAGACCCGGUGAAGCACGUUUUCGAGGAUCUGGCCAUUACUGCGUUUCUCCUCGAGCUUUGGCGCAGCAUGUACGGGGUCAACCCCCCGUUAGAAAGCCCCAAUGACAACGCCGACACAGCACGCUUCCCGGGAUUCGUGGAUGUGGCUUGUGGUAAUGGGGUUCUUGUUCAUGUUCUGAUCAUGGAGGGAUAUUCAGGCUGGGGGAAACGCUUGGUGGAGAAGAUUUACAUCCCAAAGCCUUUUGCGGAUGUGGCUGAUCUUCAGGGUAUCAAGACAGAGAUCCACACUGGAGACUUCGCGGCCGAUACCUUUAUCAUUUCUAACCACGCCGACGAACUUACUGUAUGGACGCCGCUUAUGGCUGCUCUUGCGUGUCCGACCUCGCCGCUGCCAUUUAUCUCAAUUCCAUGUUGCUCCCACUCGCUUUUGGGGGCUCGCUUUCGAUAUCCGCCACCCAGACGGGAAAAGCGGAAAGGCGAAAACGAGGAGAACGAAGGCCAAGAUGAGCAUGACCCAUCAGAGCAGAAUGCUCAACCCGCCAGCGGGGAUUUACGGGCUUUGAGGGCAGCAAAAGAGCACGAGAAGACAGAGGAUGGUCAUCUCAAAUCUCAAUAUGGCUCCUUGACUGCGAAAACUAUGAGCAUCGCCGAAGAAGCGGGAUACGAGGUAGAGAAGACUCUUCUCCGUAUCCCAAGCACUCGCAACAUGGGUGUUAUAGGAGGUCGGCGGCGAGUGGCGGAAGAGUGGAAGAAAACAUAUCAGGGUGGAUCUCAGGCGUCUCCGACAGAGUCGAUGGAAAGGGAUGGCGCCGAGAAAACACAAAAGAUAAUGAGCAUCAUUGAAGAAGAGUGCAUUAAAGACGGAGGGCUGGAAUUAGCUGCGCGGAAGUGGAUAGAGCGUGCCCAGACUUUGACCAAAGAAGAGGCAAAACCAGAUAAAGCACAUGGAUCAUGA